CAAACGGAAAGGGAGAGGGGGAGAGGGCUUCAGAAGAGGAGGCAUUCCUACGGCCGCCUCCUUCACAACCACCAUCAGACAACUAGAUUUGAACGCUCAUAAAGACAUAUUGUUGGAUAAUAGUCAGCAAGAAACUGUUUUACUGUAUAUUUUGACCUUCAAUCUCUUCCACAGAAGUGGUCUGUAUCGAUUUCGUACAUUUUUAUUGUGUUUAUCCAUGUUGUGUUUGAAAAGCCUCGCCUAUGGAUGAUUGCUUGACACUUCUAUUACUUUUUAUGCGAGGGGAGAGCAAAAAGGAAAAUCCCAUUAUUUUCAAAUGUGCAUCAUUUUCUGAAAUUCACUGAGUGGAGAGAAAAACAGAGUGUGAGAGAGGAGACAUCCGCUUGAUAAGUGACAGUGAAGAAGGCGGACAUUGUUAUCCUCCACACACCACGCAAUAGGAUGAGCAGGAAUCGGGAUUCAUAUUUCUUUGAGUGACUUCAAAGCCUUAUGGUUUGUUUGUUUUUCUUCGGUGAAUUUCAAAUGACUGCCUCUCAUGGGUUCAUAAUCAAAAGGAAUGAAUGUUAUGCCAUGAACAAAUCCUCCAAACAGAGGGAAUACAACAUUUGCUCCGACAGAACGAACGCAGAUGCUCUUCAGCACCUCAUUUCUGAUAAGAAGACAUGAAGAUCUCAGUGAAAGAACAUUGACAUAUCUUUGUCCAAGGUUUUCCGAUGUAGGAUUACGAGCCAGCUAUACAAUAAAAACGAAAUAACGGAUUGGAAAAGCACGAAAACCUCACCCUGCCGACAGUAACAAAGGAAAAGAAAGGGAAAACGGGACAGUAACGCACACUCCUUUCAUAAAGGCCUCUAAUCGCAGAUUAUCAUGUGAGAUUUGAGAGUGAUGGAUUGACAUUUGAUCAAACAAAUAUUGCCAUUGUUGUUUGGUUUUAUUAUAGCAAGAGCGACCUUGUUCAGGUAAUUUUAUAGCUCAAAGAAAAACGUCAAUGUGAUCAUGUGAAGCAUGUGCACUGUUCCCAUUAUCCAUAAGCAAAGCCAAGAAUUGCUGUUGGCCUACAUUUGCUUCAAUGGUGGGAUAGAGACAGUUGAUAGUCACAAUUCAGGGCAGACUAAAAAGCUUGCUAUACAUGCCCCAUUGUAGAGCAUCCCAGGAAUUAAAGGCUACAGUUAUUUGUACCCUCAACUGCCUGUAAUCAGAAAAGGCAAUUUUUUCUCAGGUUAUUGAAUUACCAUCAGCUAAAACAAUAUGGGGAGUGACAGUGAGAUUUACAACAGAGAGUUGUCAAAGAUGUCUGACGAGGAUUUACUCGCCUGCUCUAAAGAAGAGCUGGUGAGGCGACUGCGUAAAGAGGAGUCUGAAAAGAUCUCUGCUCUUAUCCAGCGUGGACGGCUAAUAAAAGAAGUCAACAAACAAUUACAAGGCCACCUGCUUGAGAUCAGGGAGCUGAAAACCAUCAACCAGCGUCUCCAGGAAGAAAACACAGAACUACGUGACUUGUGCUGUUUUCUUGAUGAUGACCGACUAAAGGUGAAGAAGCUGGCACGGGAAUGGCAGCUGUUCGGUCACCACGCAGCCAAAGUGAUGCGUGAGGAUCUGGGCGGCUACUUGAAAAAGCUGUCCGACCUAGAGCGCAUGCAGGACGGAUUAGUGAAGGAGAAUCUGGACCUGAAAGAACUCUGUCUAGUCCUGGAGGAGGAGUGUGUCAGCAGGAGUGACUCCAGUCCCGGUGGAUCCACUGAGCUCAACCUGCCGUGCAUGGUGUCCCGAUACCUGGGAGAUGGAAGUUCAAGCACUGGGAGCGUUGGUAGUCCGGACCAGCUCCACCUGGUGUGCUCACCUGAUGACUGAAGAUGGAACACAGCUGGAUACUUUCACUGAUUAGUGAAAGAGCACGAUACAGAGAAAUAUGGGUGGAGGAAAUAUGUUGACAUAGUAGGAAUAUAAUUGUUUACAGCAUUCAUUGCUAGAACACAAACUUUGUUGGAAUAGUUUUAAGAAGAAAGCAUAUUAAACAAAAUACAGCAACAUCUCCAGAAUGGCAGCCAGUCAGGUGUGGCUUCAGCACCUGCUGCUGUCCAAACGAAAACUUGAAAAAUACGUUUUUUUCCUGGAAAGAUGACAAGCCUACAGAGACAUUAGACACUAAACAUCAAGCUUUUUUGGAAUGAUAAUUUGUCCAUUUUUAUUUUAUUCAACCAAUCUUUUUGGAGGUUAUCCUCUUUUCAGUGAUUGAGACUGUAUAUGGUUAACAGUAGAAGGUGUUGUUGGAAGGAGGUUGAGUUAGGAUGUUAUCUCAUGCACUGGACUGUACUGGGAGUGGACUAUUUUGUACCGCAUUGCACUGGACAAAGCUACCAUGGAUCCCUGUAGAUUCAUAUCUCAAUACAGAUUUGAGCCAUACUAGUACAUGAUAUCCAAAACCAUUGAAUAAUUUGAAGGAUGAGUGUUUUGUGAGAGACCUUUAAAUAACAUUGAAAUAAUGUAGAUGCUGCAUUCUGUCCCUCAGGUCAGGAUUGGAGUGCUGUGUGUAUGAAAUCACAAACUAACAAUGAAAUUGUGUGUUAUCAGCGCUGUCUUGGCUGCCCUUCAGUUUUACACUGAAAUUGCACGAGAUACAUAGUUAGUGUGCUACAGUAAUUUAGGCUGUACAAUACACUAAACUUGGCACUGCUGGUUUGUUUCUUACACCUGCACCUAUGAACUGAACUCACUCAAAACUGAACUGCCCCAGGCUGUUCUCAACCAACCACUUUUGUAUCAAAAUGGAAGCUCUAGACUGGAGUUUACAGGAUGAUGGAUUUAUAGAUGCUGGCAACUAGGCAAGACACUUUUCUGUUCUUUAUUGCAUUAUUAUUGUUAUGAUUAUUAUAAUUAUUACAACUGCUUCACAUUUUCUGUAUAAGUUGCCAAUAGUCAGGAUCCCAAUAUAACUCAUGUUUUGUGGUAAUUCUGUCGAGAUACUCUCUCAUUGUCUUCAUCAACUUGACCUAUCAAUAUUACUUAAUUAGCAAAUACACAUUUUUGUUUUAUGCAUAUAGAACAUGCUCCUGGAUUAGAUAAGAUUUGCUUUGUUGUUGGCUGUGAUUGGUGGGCUGCUCGUAGUGCAUUGAAGAGAUUUAAAUACACUGGCUGAGACACUCAA